GGGAAAGCUGCUUCCGGGUCAAUGCAGGACACUGGGCUCCGGCGGCCGGAGUGGGGGACGAGGUGAAGCGGAUCCGGUCUGCAGCCGGCCGGGAGGAGGCCGGAGGCUGAGUGGCGGCCACGGCUGCGGCCGGGAGGGGGGAGGAGAGGCGCAGCCCGAGGAGCCGCCGCAGCAGCUCCCCCGCCUCCCGGGCUGAGGGGUGAGUGGAGCCCGGGCUUGCCGGCUCCGCCGGGUUCUCGAGGCCCGAGGGGCUCCCCUCCGGAGCCGGGGUGCCGUACGAGGAAACAGCGGGAAGAAGUCGGAGCGGGACGAGGCCUGCGUGGGCGAAGGGGAGGAUGGGACAUCUGCCCGGUCGGAGGGAAGAUGGGGCCGGGCCUGGGCUGAGGCGGCGCGGGGAGGGCCUGGGCUGGGAGAGGGAGUCGGGGCCCGGGUUGGAGGAGGGUGUCUGGGGGGAGCCUGUCCGAAUUCCUGAGAAUCCGGACUAAUCACUGUGCCCCGGGGGCAUGGGGGAUGAGGAGAUGCCCCCUGGCUGGUAGGAGAUGGAGACGACUCGGGGGCUGCUGGGGAAAUAGGAAACUUGCCUCUGAACCACUGAAGCAAAAAAAAAAAAAUCAAAAAAUCAAAAAUAAAAUAAAGGACGUUUCCCGAGGGAGGUUUGGUGGGGCAAGGAGCGGACUGGCAUUCCCAGGCUCUUGGGACUCUAGGCCUGACCCUUCCGGGGGCUGGUAGAAGGAUGCGGUAGUUUAAUAAGGACUUUUGGGAGAAUCAUUUUGCCCCCAAGACAAUUAACUGACAGUAAGGCGCUUGGAGUAGGAUGGGGCCUGGGAGGAGGGUGCCCCGUCCUGGGAUCUGGGAAAGGGGGAGGGUAAGAAUCUGUGAGGAGCUUCAUUCUUCGCUGAGAAUGGGGAGUACAGAGUACAAGGUCCUCUUCUAGGGAGACAUACUGGGAAUUGGUGAAGUGAGAAGGAGAUUUAAUACUGUCUUCUCUUGGGGCACAGUGUUCUAGAAGUUGUAGUUCAGGAAAGUUGGUUGGAAGACUAGAACUGUUUAUAGUCAGUGGAGGAAGGAGGAGCUCUACUCUGAAGGUUGCUAAGCUACCAGAAGCUUGUAGGCACCGCCUAGGUCUGUUGUUUGGGGAAGUUAGCAGUUCUUUCAGGUCCAGAUACACGUUUAGUUGAGGCAUGUCCCCAUUCUUUUUAUGCUGCCCUGGAGCUCUUAAAUUGGUUUCCACGAGUCCAUCUUGAGCUAAGAGAUUAUGUGUAGGUUCGGAGGACUAAUGAAGACAUUCAGCCUUUGAGUCCUGAGGCAUUUGACCUAAAUCUCUAGGGUAGGGGCUUUCAAACUUUUUGCUCCAUAGUUAGAAGUACAUUUUACAUCAUGAUCUAGUACAUACCGACAAAAGUUUCACAAAGCAGUAUUUACCCUUGUUACUUAUGAUGCAUACUGAUCAUUUCUAUUAUUCAUUCUUUUCCAUUAAAAAAUGCUGACUAAAUCCACUAAAUUGUUAUGUGGGUCACAAGUUGCAGUUUGGCAGGCACUCUCGCCAAGGCACAUUUCUUUGGCUUCAAUUAGUGUCUUCAUGUAUGUUUCUAGAGAGCAAGGAUGAUUACAAGGAGAUGGAUGGGAGGUAGAGUGGAGCCCACCUGGUGCGACGGACUGCUUCAUUUGUUUACAUAUUUAUAAGGGGUAGCAAAUUGUACCAUAAUCUUAACCUUUGAUAGCUUAAUGUUGCCUGAUCAUUUGUGAAAUUUUUGAAAUAAGUGUGUGCUUUAAUUUUCUCUAUCCUUUGCUGGGUCUGAGAAAUAUGAGAGGCCUAGUUCCAUAUAGUUGAUUCAUCCCUACAGCAUCUUUAAGAAUUUUAGGAAAGGAAGAUGGAUCAACCUAGUGGGAGGAGUUUUAUGCAAGUAUUAUGUGAAAAAUAUAGUCCUGAAAACUUUCCUUACCGCCGUGGUCCUGGGAUGGGAGUCCACGUCCCAGCCACACCUCAGGGCUCUCCUAUGAAAGAUCGCCUCAACCUCCCAAGUGUACUGGUGUUGAACAGCUGUGGAAUAACCUGUGCAGGAGAUGAAAAAGAAAUUGCUGCCUUCUGUGCUCACGUGUCAGAACUAGAUCUUUCUGACAACAAACUCGAAGACUGGCACGAGGUCAGUAAAAUUGUGUCAAAUGUUCCCCAGUUGGAGUUUCUAAACCUGAGUUCCAACCCUCUGAAUUUAUCGGUUUUAGAAAGAACGUGUGCUGGGUCCUUCUCCGGGGUUCGAAAACUUGUUCUCAACAACAGCAAAGCUUCUUGGGAGACAGUCCACACGAUACUGCAGGAGUUACCAGAUUUGGAAGAGCUCUUCCUGUGCCUUAAUGACUAUGAAACAGUGUCUUGUCCUUCUAUUUGCUGUCCUUCUCUUAAGCUACUACAUAUAACAGACAAUAACCUCCAAGACUGGACUGAAAUACGCAAGUUAGGAGUUAUGUUUCCUUCACUGGAUACUCUCGUCCUGGCCAACAACCAUGUGAAUGCUAUUGAGGAGCCUGAUGAUUCAUUGGCUAGGUUGUUUCCUAAUCUGCGAUCCAUCAGCCUCCACAAGGCAGGUUUGCGGUCCUGGGAAGACAUUGACAAACUAAACUCAUUCCCUAAACUUGAAGAAGUGAGGUUGUUAGGAAUUCCUCUUCUUCAGCCAUAUACCACCGAGGAGCGAAGGAAAUUGGUAAUAGCCAGAUUGCCAUCGGUUUCCAAACUUAAUGGCAGUGUUGUCACUGAUGGUGAGCGAGAAGAUUCUGAGAGAUUUUUUAUUCGUUACUAUGUGGAUGUUCCACAGGAAGAAGUGCCAUUCAGGCUGUGGAUGCGCAGGCUCAGCGGCCACGGCUCAUGGGCCCAGCUGCUCCGCGGCAUGUGGGAUCUUCCCGGACCGGGGCACGAACCCGUGUCCCCUGCAUCGGCAGGCGGACUCUCAAACACUGCGCCACCAGGGAAGCCUGAAGCCUGUGUCUUUUGGUUGGAGCAUUUAAUCCAUUCACAUUUGAGGUAUCAUGAACUAGUCACAAAAUAUGGGAAGUUGGAGCCUUUGGCAGAAGUGGACCUGAGACCCCAGAGCAGUGCGAAAGUAGAAGUCCACUUUAACGACCAGGUGGAAGAAAUGACCAUUCGUCUGGACCAAACAGUUGCAGAACUAAAGAAACAAUUAAAAACUCUAGUGCAAUUACCCACUAGCAACAUGCUUCUCUACUAUUUUGACCAUGAAGCGCCCUUUGGCCCAGAGGAAAUGAAGUACAGCUCUCGAGCCUUGCAUUCUUUUGGCAUUAGGGAUGGAGACAAAAUUUUUGUGGAAUCCAAAACAAAAUAACCUCCGCCAGCCUUGUGAGAACACACAUAUUAGGACUCGCAGGGCAUUUGUUCCCAUGAGGUUUCCUUCAGGAGGGAGAAGUUUGCUCUGUUUUGUUUUAUUUUGUUUUGUUUUGUUUUGUUUAGGUUUCAGGGGGGUUUUGUAUAUUUCCCCCUAGAAUGGGUAGGGGGCUGUUUUUGGUAUUUUCUACCACAGAUUCCUUCUACUCUACCACCAGAAUUGGCCACAUCUCCAGUUUCUGUGCCCUCCCUCAGGAGAGGGGACUAGGCAGCCACCGACUUCUUACUGUGUUCACUGGGAUCUGUCUACUGCUUGGUCCUCAUGACCACUUAGGUGUACUUGUGAUGAUGGCGUGAACAGCAUUGUCCCCUCAGAAGAGUAUCUUGCACUUAAAUCAGGAAACAAGGAAUCUUUCCAGGAAGGGGCAGCACAUCUCUCUCCCAAUUCCUCCUUUUCCCCCUCCCUCUCUCUCCUUUCCUUCUUGGGUUCAGUUUUUCAUUUUGACUCGUGUCCAUACAUGUUUACCUUAGUUUUAUUCUGUCCAUAAUGAACUUCUUAUUUUUCAACUUGGGUAACGUUUUUCUUCAUUUCUCCCUUUUUAAAUAAUUUCAAGUGUGUCACGCAUUUGUCAGCCUGAUGCUGAUCUCAGGUACAGUUAGAACCUAUAGCUGUGUUAGGGUCUGGAAGAAGAGUAGAUGGAGUGUUAGAAUUCCAGGAAGCACAGGCACAGCAGCCUGAUCACUCUGUAUGUAACUAUCUCAAUUUUAAUGUUCCUCCCACAGUUAUAUCAACCAUUACUGACAUGAGCUACGUCACAUUCCAGAGUUCUUCGCUUUUUGCUUUUUGAAUGUAUUUCUUCGUAUCUGUCUAUCUUUUUCAUUACUUUAAACUACUGGGAAUGGAGGCCUGACUUUAUGAAGAAUCCAACAGAGCAAUGGAUAUACGUGCCAGGAGAGCUGAGAAUUAGCUAGUAAACUCUCUGUAGUGUGUAUGAGGGAGUCAAGUGGGGGGAGUAUGGGAGAACGAGUACUGUGACUUUCCUGCCUGUCAUCAUUGGAAGCUUUUGCUCUUGCACUUUGCAUUCGAAGUGGGAAAUUUUAAUCAAAGGGAGCUUUGAUUCCUAGUUUUUCCCUGGGAUUUUGUGAUGUCAUAAUUGAACAAUUCUUUUUGUUUUACAUUUCAGUUUAGUUGCCCCUACAGAAGAACAACUCUGACUAAUCUCUGAGUAAAGUAUAAGUGUCAAAACUUCAGAUUUGCCUCCAAGUCAUAUUUUUUGCAGAAGCAUAUUUAAAGCACUUUCCUUUAAAAGGUAGUCCUUACCUGCUCUGAAAUCUUUUUGUCUGUUCUUCUAUUCCUUUGUUAAUCAGUGUAAUCUCUUUCUUUGAUAUAUGUCUUUCUGGAUCCACCAUGUUUACAGAUAGGAGACUUGAGAAGGACUUAGUGCACCUGGGGCAGAAAAUGUGCACAUGAAGUAUUUUUCAAAGAAUGUAAUUGUUACCCGAUUGAGUUUGACCUUUUGACCUUUGUUACAUGAUUCCGUCCCUCCUACAAAUUCUUUAAUUUCUUAGGAAAUUUUUAGGUGACUCUUGUAAACUCUUCACGGAUGCUACUUUUUAAAUUGUCCUACGCCAUGAUAGCAGAUGUUUAUUCUCUUAAUGCACUUCAGGUUCAGUAUCUGUAAAGCCUUUGACCCAGGCCUGCUGAGUCAAAUCUACAUUCACUGUAACAUUGAAAGUGGAAACCAAAGGGUUUGAGGAAGAUGAAUGAUGCCUGUUCUCCUUUUGCUUUAUCUUUCAAAAUCAUAAAAUCAUAAAAAUGAGCGAUGGAGAUCUAGGCUGGGUAUAGACAAGAAUAAUUAUUUUGCAAUCACAUUUUCCUGACAGGUUUUUGGAAGUGGGAAAAAAGUGUGGCAACAGUGUCAGGAAGAUUAAAACUGCGGAUGCUUUGUGUACGUGUGCGUGAGUGCAGACGAGUUUGAGAGAGAAACAGUGUAACUGAGCUUUUGUCAGCCUGAGAAACAGAUGCCCCCUUAUUUUUUGAGGUUGUAUGACCCCCGACUGUCCCACAGCAGAAAGCAGAGCAAACACUUAUGCUUUAAUCAUCAGUGGAAUGAUGACAAUUAAUAAGAUAUUUUAUAUAUGACAAAGUUUUAUGAAAUGCUUUUUUACUAUUAGAGACCUGUUCCUUCUGCUAUUACAGAACACAGUGCUCAUCGACUGCAGGCAUAAUUCUCCGAUUACACAGUUGCAUGUCAGGGGAACUUCUCAUUUAAUUCAGUGGCCGUGGGUAUUUUUAGGGCAUUGUAAUUGAUUGCUUUAAUAAUUGCUAAAUGAUUUUUGAUUGAGACAAGAUCUAAUGCAAUUACCGGUCUUUUAGAGUUACAGAACAGAAGUAAAUGAGAAAAGAUAUUUGAGCAUGUAUACAUGUAGACUGAUUUGGGUGGCUGAGUAAAGAUGCUGCUUUUGAAAUAAAAUUGGUGCUGUGUA